UCGUCUUUCAACGCGUGUGCAUGUCGAUCUGUCAUCUCAUCCGAGUAUCCGUUUAGUUGUCGAAACCGUGAAUAUAGGCCGAGGCGGUAAAUCGGCAGCUCAGUGGGCUUGGAUGAAAUGCCGAAUAGGCUGAGGAAGGGAAAGGUUUGUUGAAGAUCAGGGCUGAGAAAACUGUGAGAAAACCGUCGUUUGUCGGAGAGACAUCGCGGACGCGGAAUAACGGUCGAAUUAGCGGUCGGUAAAACAGCGGCGAGGGGCAAAUCGAGCAUACCGAUGGAGGCAUCGGUCGGACUCUCGUGUCUCUCCGUAGGAACCGUGUAGUGUAGGAAGUGUGUAGGAACGAAUCAACGAACGUAUUGGCCGUCCGACUGCCGCCGCCGCGCCGCGGCCCCCCGAAAGGGUGUAACAACUUUUUGACUUGACGCUGGCGAGCCUACGUCAACUACAAAUCGCCCGAUUUCAUACAUAAAACCCGGAGCGUAUCCGAGGCGCGGGUACCAGCAGCGAUCCGACGCGCAUUAAAAAUGGAGUCGGUGAAAAACAAGGACAAGGGAAGGAACGGGAAAGAUGGUUCGGACCUUGGCGACGAGGCGAACAAAACGGCUGGGGGAACCCCAGGGGGCAGCACGCCGCCACCCCCGCCAACUCUGAUAAAUAAAAUCAAAUAUCAACCCGGGGGACCGGUGAUAAAGAAAGAUAAACGUCAGAGCAGCUCGAGGUUUAACAUAUCGAAGAACAGGGAGCUCCAGAAGCUGCCCCUGCUAACAGAAGCGCAGCAGGGUAACGAAAGGGAGGAACUGUUUAUACAGAAGCUGAGACAGUGCUGCGUACUCUUUGACUUCGAGGCGGAUCCAUUAUCGGAUUUAAAAUGGAAGGAGGUGAAGCGAGGCGCGCUGCACGAAAUGGUAGAAUAUGUUACAAAAAACAGAAACGUUAUCACCGAAGCCAUAUAUCCGGAGGCUGUGAACAUGUUUGCAGUGAACCUUUUCCGGACAUUGCCGCCAUCGUCGAAUCCGAACGGAGCAGAAUUCGACCCCGAGGAAGACGAGCCGACCCUGGAAGCAGCCUGGCCACAUCUACAAUUGGUUUACGAAUUUUUCCUACGGCUGUUGGAGUCGCAGGACUUUCAACCCAACAUUGCUAAGCGGUACAUCGACCACAAGUUUGUUUUACAACUGUUGGAAUUGUUCGACUCGGAGGACCCGAGGGAGAGGGACUUUCUCAAAACUACGCUUCACAGAAUUUAUGGAAAGUUUCUCGGAUUAAGGGCUUACAUAAGAAAACAGAUAAACAACGUUUUCUACCGAUUCAUAUACGAGACGGAACAUCAUAACGGUAUAGCCGAAUUGCUGGAAAUAUUGGGGAGCAUUAUCAACGGUUUUGCGCUGCCGCUGAAAGAGGAACACAAGGUGUUUUUACUAAAGGUACUGUUGCCGUUGCACAAGGCAAAAUCCUUGUCCGUCUACCAUCCGCAGCUCGCCUACUGUGUCGUUCAGUUUCUGGAGAAGGACGCGUCUCUAACGGAGCCCGUUAUUAGGAAUCUGUUGAAAUUUUGGCCAAAGACACAUUCCCCCAAAGAAGUGAUGUUCCUCAACGAACUCGAGGAGAUUCUCGACGUGAUCGAGCCCGCCGAGUUCCAAAAAGUAAUGGACCCUCUGUUCAGGCAGCUCGCCAAAUGCGUCUCGUCGCCGCACUUUCAGGUGGCCGAAAGAGCUCUCUACUACUGGAAUAAUGAGUACAUAAUGUCACUGAUAUCGGAUAAUUAUUCCGUCAUAUUGCCGAUAAUGUAUCCGGCAUUGUACAGAAAUUCGCGCAAUCACUGGAACAAAACGAUCCACGGACUGAUAUACAACGCUCUGAAGCUAUUUAUGGAAAUGAAUCAGAAAGUAUUCGACGAAUGUACCCAGCAGUACUAUCAGAAGGAGCGCAAGGUAUUGAAAGAUAGGAACGAGGCGUGGGUCAGAGUCGAGGCGCUGGCGAUGAGGCAUCCUGGAUAUUCGUCGACCAACAUAGACACGAAUUACCCAUACACGUUGCCGCCCGACGACGACGCGGAAGCGGAUCAAACGCCGUUGAUAUUCGAAAAGCCAAAAGCCAAAUUCACGGAGGUGAGAGGCGUUCCACUGUCAAAUGCGUUCGACGGGGAAAAAGCGCUGCCGACGGCGGACCAACCAGUGAAGAUGAAGGGGCUACUGCGGAGGAAGAGCGAACUGCCCCAGGAUUCUUACACGAUGAGAGCGCUUUCGGAUCACAAACGCGCGGACGAAUACCUCGUCACGCCACCGGAUCCGAACAACUGCUAGUCCUUACCCCACACCCAGGCCUACACACACACCUACGCUAAUGCCAACCCAAGCAUCAACAUGAACAUAAACAUAAACACAAACACGUUAAUACACAUACAUCCUACCAUUAUUAUUGUACUUUCGUUGCUGCAACAACAAGUCCAGAAGCUAGCUUCAGGCCGCGCGUACAGCGAUUAGAGAUAUUAUUAUUAAAUAUUAUACAUAUAUUUACCUCUACUACUAGGUACUAGUACGUAAAUACACACAAACACACACUUACAUACGUGAAUAACUACUAAUACUGAUACUAGCCACGUAAAUUUCGCGCGAUUAUUUUCCUUUCGUGAAAUUAAGUUAUUUUUGAUUGAAAUGAUUGAGAUUAAAGAAACAAAACCAAACAACUAAACUAUAAAAAAAAAAACAAAAAAAAAAAACUAUUUCAUACAACGAUCGGAUGUUACCUUCGUUCAUUUGGUUUUUUUUUUCAAUUAUUUUUUGUUU